AUGGGAAAGUUGCAAAUUGGGCCACAGCCAGGAGAUUAUUGGCAAGUUGAUUUUUCUGAAUUGCCUAGGGCACAGGGAUACAGAUACUUGUUAGUGUACGUAUGUACGUUUUCAGGGUGGCCAGAAGCUUUUCCGUGUAGAACUAAUCAGGCUAAGGAGGUGGUAAAAACCUUGUUAAAAGAAAUAAUACCAAGAUUUGGAGUACCCUUAGGAUUGUCGUCAGAUAGGGGUCCUCAUUUUAUAGCCAGGGUAGUGCAGGAAUUAGCACGGAUGUUAGAUAUAACCUGGAAUUUGCAUACUCCCUGGAGACCUCAGUCUAGUGGGCAGGUGGAAAGAAUGAAUCACACUCUGAAAGGACAAAUCAAAAGGAUUUGCCAGGAAGCUAAACUGCACUGGCCUCAGGCUUUGCCUUUGGCCCUACUCAGGAUUCGAAUUAAACCGAGGGAAAAGGCAGGCGUAAGUCCAUAUGAGAUACUAUAUGGCAAACCAUAUCAUGCAACUGUAUUAAAAGGGGAGGUACAUGCGAGUGGGGAUCAGGCAAUUGCAGAGUAUGUUAUGUCACUUAAUAAGAUUUUGAAUUCUUUAAGAAAUACGUUACAGUGGAAUAAACCGCUCACGCUGGAGAACUCUGUCCACGACAUCCAGCCUGGGGACCAGGUGUACGUCAAGAAGUGGAUUACGGAUCCGCUACGGGAAUCAUGGAGCGGACCCCACCAGGUGAUGAUGACGACCUACACGGCGGUGAAGGUCCAGGGGAUGGAUGCUUGGAUCCAUUACACCAGG